GCAUCACUGCUGGGCACUGACUGGCACAACCGCUGGGCACUGACUUGUGGCACUGACUGGCAGCACUGCUGGGCUGCACUGGUGGGCAGCACUGGAGGGUGGCACUGGUGGGCAGCACUGGUGGGUAGGCACAGGUGGGUGGCACUGGUGGGCACAGGUGGGUGGGCACAGGUGGGUGGCACUGCUGGGGCACAGGUGUGUGACACUGCAGAGUGGCACAGGUGGGUGCACUGCUGGGCACAGGUGGGUGCACUGCUGGGCACAGGUGGUGGGUGCACUGCUGGGCACAGGUGGGCGGAACUUGUGGGUGGCACUGCUGGGCACCGAUCAUCAGGGCACUGAUCAUCAGUGCCCUGAUGAUUGGUGCCGAUCCUGGCUCUGACAACUGUCGGUUCUCGGCAGUACUUUCCUCACGAUCUGACAGCGUGAGGAAAGUGCAGCCGAGAACCAGCACUUGCAU